AAACUAAUUGGAUUAUUAAACUGUCUGCCCGCCUUGUGAAAACCUACUACUAACCGGAGCACAUUUCUUUAUGAGAGCAUACCCACUUCCUUCCCGAGCGGAAUGCCAGUUGGAUACCUGUGAACACAGGUCAAGUGCUUAGGCACGGGUUUUAGAUACUCACUUCGUUACAUGCGAUAGGAAAGGUAGUGUGAUCACCCCUAGGAAAGAAGCUUGUGGCAAUUCUUGCUGAAUGCUGAUGUAAAGCUUGAAAUGGCAAAUUUGUGGCGAUUUUUGCUGAUUGCUUUGAUGCUUUUGUCUACUAUCACGGCGGAAAUUUUCACAUCAAUGGAUCAGCUUCAAAGACUUUCAACAGUGGAGAAAAAUUUGCAUGAAACACUUGAUUUGUAUAUAAUGCAAGAGAGGAAGCGCCUGGAGGAUCUCAAAGGGAUUUAUGCGGCAAAGAAGGAAGAAUUGAAGAAGAGAGAAAGAGAUGACGAGGUCUAUCAUCCUUUAGAUGUUUUCAGAGUGAUAAAUCGAGUCAGUUCAGAGUGGAGUACAGUAGAAAAACUUGUAAGGUUUAACCCUCACAAAUCAGAAUUUAUCCAAGAAAUUCGAAAUUACCACGCAUCUUUUCCGUCAGACGCUGACUUCGAUGGAACGCGGGCGGCCAUGUUACGAUUGCAAAAGGUGUACAAUAUUAGUUCCCAGUCCAUCUCAUCUGGAGUGAUUCCCGGACAGCGCAAUGCGCAUGCUCGACUCAGCGGCAUUGACAGCUACCAGAUCGGACGCAAAGCUUACGAGGAUGGCAACAUCAUUCAAGCAAAGGCGUGGAUGGAAAACACGCUAAGAAUGAUGGGUACCAGUGAGUCUUUGCAAAAUCUCACAGGCCACGUGGUUGUUUCCAGAAACGAUGUAUUGAAUCACUUAGCCUUCCUUGAAUACAAGAUUGGCGACUUGGCGAGAUCGCUUAGGUUCUACCGCGAGAUGCUGGUUAACGAUCCUAACGACACGGAACUCCAAUCCAACAUCCGGAAAUUAAAACAUCUUAUUGCUAAGCAACCUCACCUUAACGUGACCUCACCACCCAAUACAGCCAAUAGGAUCGAAGAUGACGGUGACGACGAGUUGUCACGUGAAGAAAUGGCCGAAUAUACCAGACUUUGUCGGCCAAACAGCCAGACCAGGCUACCUAGUUCAAACAAGCAACUCACCUGUAGUUACCUGAAUAAGCAUCCGGGACUUAAACUCAAGCCUGUUGCUAUGGAGAUUGUGAGUGUUAAUCCGCAGAUCACGCUGUUCCACAAUGUCCUGAGCGAGAUGGAGAUUGAGCAGAUGCUGAAACUGGCAAGGCCUCGGCUUCGGCGUGCACGCGUAAAUAAUCUUGAGACGGGAGAAAUUGAGGAUGUUGAUUACAGGAUCAGUCAAAUCGCGUGGCUAUCUGACAGUGAUGGAGACAUUGUAAGGCGCAUCAACAGACGAGUGGGUUUCAUAACCGGGCUGAAUACAAACACUGGGGAAUGUUUGCAGGUGAACAACUAUGGAGUUGGUGGCCACUACGAACCGCAUUUCGACCACUCUUUGGACAUGGAGAACUCACCAAUCGCAAGCUUAGGACAAGGAAAUCGCAUCGCCACUUUUAUGUUUUAUCUGUCCGAGGUCGAGGCUGGAGGGUCUACCGUGUUCAUCAAGACUGGGGUCAAAACAAAUCCUUUCAAGGGAGGCGCUGUAUUUUGGUACAACCUGAAAAAGUCUGGCGAGGGAGACUGGGACUCAUUACACGCGGGAUGUCCCGUCCUUAUCGGGAAUAAAUGGGUUGCCAACAAAUGGCUGCACGAACAUGGGAACGAGUUUACCCGACAGUGCGGCCUCACUGAAGACGAGGACUGAAGACCGGAUGUUAUACUGUACCGGAAGUCGAAGAAAGGACCGGAUGUUAUAAUAAACCGGAAAGAGAAGGGAGGACCGGAUGUUAUGGAAAACCGGAAGAAGAAGAGAGGACCGGAUGUUAUGAUAUACUGGAAAAAGAAGAGAAGACCGGAUGUUAUGAUAUACCGGAAGACGUGGAGUAAAGAACUGGAGUUAUACAAACCGCAAGACAAGAAAUGAAAACCGGAUGUUAUACCCUGCCGAAAGACGAGGAGUAACGACCUGAAGUUAUAUAUACCGGAAGGUAAGAAAUGAAAACUGGAAGUUAUACCAUACCGAUGUUAUACUUUGCCGAAAGGCGAGGAGUGAAUACCAGAUGAUAUACCAUACCGAUAUUAUACUAUGCCGUGAGACGUCGAGUGAAACUCGGAUACUAUACAACACCGGAAGACGACAAGUAAAUACCAGAUGUUAUACUACAUCGGAAAAUACUGGAUGUUCUACAAUACCGGAAGACAAGGAGUGACGAUCUGAAAAUAUACCAUACCGGAAGACAAAAAAUAAUACCAGAAGUGAUGUUUUAUCGGAAAUGUUCAAUGAAGACCUGAAAAUACCGGAAGCUGGAGAUGAGGGAGAAAUGAGAGUACCGGAAAAUAGACUAACAAAUGUAGAACAGGAAGAACAUUGAUCGUGACAAAAGUAUAUAUCCUUUACCGGUAGCCAAAGAGUGAAAAAAAAUAUUUUCUGUACCGAAUAUUGGUAUCUUUCUUAAGGGAAGAGAAAAAUACAAAGACUAAGCUAUACCAAGCCUUACAAGCAAGUAGUCGUGCAAUCGAUAUCGUCAGUCUGCCUGUCGUACAAGCGAUAUCGGUCACGUCAGUCCAUCUGUCGUGCAAGCGAUAUCAUUCACGUCAGUCUGCCUGUCGUACAAGCGAAAUCGUUAGUCUGCCUGUCGUACAAGCGAUAUCGUUAGUCUGCCUGUCGUACAAGCGAUAUCGUUAGUCUGCCUGUCUUUUUAGUGAUAUCGUUAGUCUGCCUGUCGUGCAAGCGAUAUCGAUCACGUCAGUGCAUCUGUCGUACAAGCGAUAUCGGUCACGUCAGUCUGCGCUAGCAUCACCUGCUUCACGCUGUAAUAACAUGAUUUGAUUUUUGAUGUAAAUGACGCACCAAGACUCGUACAAGCGAUAUCGGUCACGUCAGUCUGCCUGUCGUACAAGCGAUAUCGUUAGUCUGCCUGUCGUGCAAGCGAUAUCGGUCACGUCAGUCCAUCUGUCGUGCAAGCGAUACCGGUCACGUCAGUCUGCCUGUCGUACAAGCGGUAUCGGUCACGUCAGUCUGCGCUAGCAUGCGCUGUAAUAACAUGAUUUGAUUUUUGAUGUGAAUGACGCACCAAGACUAUCCCUAAGUGAACCAGCCUUACAACUUGUUUUAAUAACACCUCUACACCUUAUAUAACACCUCGGCAAAUAAAAAAAAUACACAGAAAAA